AUUUAAUUUCACUGAUUGAAAUCACGAGUCAAUUGAAGCUAGACCACCAUGGGAAACCUGGAAGCACUGGACGGCCGUUUCACCCUAGUAUGGGACUCCACAGUAGUGCGCAUCCACGAUCCCGCCCUCCGCGAGAUUCGGACCCAGGACCUAUCGGUCUCGCGCUAGGCGCUUAACCAACUGGACCAAUGAGCCGGCAUCGAACGGUGUUAAUGUCUAACUUCAACCAAUCCACAAAGUUGCGCCACCGCACACCAUUGUCUUCAGUGAGUUGAUAUCUCACAACAGACCUGGUUGAACUCCAUUGGUAAUGGCUUCUCACUAGAACUCCAGGAUUAUCUCUUGAAGUCAGUCACUAGUGAGCAGAUGAUUGUUUAAUUGUUGAGUGAUAAAUGAACAGUUAGAAUUUAUGCUAAGCAAAUCGGAAAUUACUCUUAAUUAAAGAACGUACAGUUUUUUACAGGCCAAUUGUUUUAAUCUAGGUACCUUUAACAAAAUUAGUCUACCAAGGGAGUCAGCUGAAAAAAGUUGUCAACCGCUGCGCCCCAAACAAGUUGGAAUUAAUGAGAAGCCUACAGCUUAUUCAAUACAGUCAGGUUCUGCAUAUAUGGAAAGAAGACGUAAACGGGGCUUUGUCGAUUUAAAGAAAGUUAUUCAGCAAUCCAAUGACAUGACAAAAUGUGUCAAGCAUGGAAGAAGCUUCUUUGGUAUGCUACGUCAAGAACUAAUACAAAAAGUAUAUAACUUCUGGUAUUUAUAUAAUCAAGUUAUAGAGUCCAGAAAAAGUCGAAUCAUACCUCCAGUUCGUGCAUAUACAUUAAAUGAACAAAAUCACUCUAAUGGUGAAUCAAUAGAAAAGACAAUUCAUGAUAUUGAUGAAGAUGAACUACUUGAUGAAGAGCCAGAAAUACGUGAAUUAAUGAAUAAUUUAAUUGCUACUGGUUGUGAUUUAGAAAUUCCUUUAACUAAAACACAAGAAUUAUCAAGUAAUAUUAAACAAUCUGAUAAUCAUAUAACUUCAGCUACUGAACAUCGGCGUCUUAAACAAUAUAAACAAUGGUAUAGUGAAUCGCCAAAACCUUUUACACCGAAAUUUUUCAAUAUAUGCAAACCAGAUUUUGUUGAUAACUUCUAGUGAUAUGAAAGAAGAUAAAAAGAAAAAAGAUCAUGAUGGUGAUCAUGAUGGUGAUGAUGAUGAUGAUGAUUCAUUUAGAGAUAUUAUAUUUACACAAAUUUGUUGUGUUUUAUGGAUUAUGGAACAAAUGUAUAAUUUAUCUCACCCUGAAGUUGACUUCAAAUGGAGGCCAAUAUCAGCUUCGUGGAAAUUGAGUGAUUCAUCAAUAGAAUUAGGAAAAGUAUGUGAACAACAAAAUCAACCUGAUCAAAUUUGGCAUGAUUUUGUUUAUGAUACAACGUAUAAACAAGCAAAGACUAAAUAUCAAAAUCAGCAAAUUGAUUCAACGAAUAGUUUGAAUUCUUUACAAUCUGGUACAUUAUCAUUGGAACAAAGAUGUCCAACACCUUCAUCAUCAAUUAUGAAAUUACAAUCAAUCAAUAAAGUGUCCAAAUUUGAUACUACUGAACAAUUAUCUGAUCAACCUUCAUUAUUAGAAGAGAAUUUCAAUGUAUCAUCAAUAAUUAAUCAAUCAGAUCAAUUAAUAUCAACAAAUGAUUUGAUUGAUUUACAUCCAAAUAAUCAAAAUAAAAUCAAUCAAAAUCUUAAUAAAAUCGAUAAUAAUAAUACAUCAAUAUCUAAUCGAAAAUGUGUGCAAUUUUUAAAAAGUGCAAAUUCUGUUAAAAAAAAUAAAAAGUUUGUUUGGAUCGUUUUUUUUCAUGUUUCCAUUUUUCAUAUUGACUGUAUAUAAAAUGAGAUACAAUUACAUCAAGCUGACGAGUCUCAAAUAGGACGAAACGCGUGUCCUGAAUUCCACUGCUAACCACUAUCCAUCUUUGCCUUUUGUGCCUGUAAAUUCAUGUAAUCUCGAGGCAAUCCAAACAGGGUGCACAUAGGCCGACAGGAGACUGCUCAAUUGCAGUCCUAAAUAACAAUCAGAAGAUACAAGUAAAACAAUACCAAGUGAAUUUUAAACUUCACCCCAUUGCACAAGCUAUAAGAACUCAGUAGUAGCUAAGGGAAUAACGCGAUGUUGUUUGAAGUGAGUGAUACUGGGCUCGAGUCUCAGAGUAAACAUCAACUCUGAAAUGCAAAUACAUCAAGCUGACGAGUGACAAAUAGGUCCAAACUCGUGUCCUGGAUUCCACUGCUAACCACUAUCCAUCUUUGCUUGUAAAGUAGUGAACAAAAUUUGAUAAGAGUUUUGAAAUUGAUGAAUUACAAUUAGGAUAGACAAUGCCAUGGUGGUAUCAUUUUUUUAUUCGGUCUCAUAAAAGGAUGAAGACGGUUUUAAUAAAAACAAGAGAUACUUUUAAUGAAAUAAGGUGAGAAGAAGGAAGAUCAGUGUUCUAUGAAGGUUUUAGACACUUAAUGACUAAAUCACCUCAGGAGUUGUCCAUAGAGGACAGCUUACAGACGCAGGUGCAGAGGAAGCCAGUCAGUGUAGCAGAAGCCUCUGUAUCAGUAGGCCUCAACAUAAAAAGGGAAAGACCAAGAUCUUCAAAUACAACACGGAGAACACCAAUUCAAUCACACUUGGUGAACAAGUUCUGGAAGAUGUGGAAAUUUUCAUGUAUCUGGGCAACACUAUCGACGAACAAAGAGAAUCUAAUGCAGACAUGAAAGCAAUGACUGGCACUGACUGUUGACAGAUUUUGACUGACUUAAAAAUAAAGAAGGAUAACGUGUGUCAUUGUAUAGUUAGUGUGACGGCGAGUGACUAAAUUAAUCCAAGACGGUAUCAUAAGUAGAUGAAAUUUGAAGAAGCUGCUCUGGAUUUCACAAGAUAAAAACGAACUACAAAGAUUAAACUGUCAGUGCUGUUCACGAACUGCUUGAAAGUCAGAUAUUUUCAU